AUGUAUUACCAGAGCCCAUCGCCUGGCGGCAGGGGUGGAGGGCAAUGGAACGCCACAAACCCUCCGUCAUCGCAAUCGCAGAAUUGGUCACCGCAACCACCGCCAGGCGGCCGAUAUACGCCGUGGCCACAGCAGCUGGUAGACGUCGAUCCGUUACUCUCGGAGGACGCCGCUGACGCGGAGGAGAACCAGACCCCGCCCAUCUCACAGGCCAUCCUGCAACAGUCCGCCAUGCAGACGAUGCAACCGCAACAUCCUGACCAGUAUCGCGCUCUGCCGCCACCACAGCAGAUGUACGCGCCGCCGUACCAGCCUCACCCUCACAUGGCGUAUCCGCCGCCUCAGCCUCCGCCUAGGCAGCGUACGGCCAUCGCAUGUCGCUACUGCCGUCGUCGCAAAAUUCGGUGCUCCGGCUUCGACCAGUCCGAGGAUGGCCGCUGCACCACCUGCGUGAGAUUCUCUCAAGAAUGCGUCUUCACCCCAGUGCACGCCGAAAUUCAGGCUUUCGUCCCCGCUCACGCGGUCUGGCGCAGUCAAGGCGGCCCACCACCGAACACUCAACUCUACGGCGCCUACGGCCAGCCUCUCCCACAUCACGGCGACCGCAACCAAUUGUACCCACCCCAGCAAGGUCAGGCACCACCCCGAGCCCAAUACCCGCCGUCACCGCAAGGUUACCAACAGCCGCCGAUCUACCAACAGCAACCCCCUCCUCAGCAGCAAGCCGGACAGAAACGUUCGACUGAUGAGCCGCACACGCCAACCCUACCGCCACCACCCUCAGGCGCGCAAACGCAAAUGGGCAAGACUCGUGAAGGGCAGCCGUUCACUUACACAGAAACAAUCGGUCUGAGAUCCAUCGGUGCGUCGCCCGCUUUUUCUCAUGCUUUUUUCCGCAUUGAACAACCUACGCAACCUUCUUACACCCCCUCAUACUUAUACGAGGAUCUUCGUGCGCAGUGUUCGCCGCAGGCGUACAGGCAGCCUGCGCAGGUCUCCAUUGAACCCAGUGCGUCAGCAUACAUGCAGCAGCAGCAACAGGCGCAGGCCGCCCAAGCGCUGAGGCAAGAGGAGCGCACCUCCCAUGACUCGACUAUGGUCCAAGCACUUCGCCGCGGGCCCAUGUAA